CGCAGUCUCUCCUUCAUCACCAACUUCAUACGACGUCCAGAACACACUCGUUUACUGCUCCCACGAAGCAAGCCACUCGUUCAAAACAAACAGAAUCCCACACGACAUGAAGCUCAGCCUCACCAUACUUUGCACGACGCUUUGCACGGCCUGCAAGUGCAUCGCGAUCGCUCUUCCCUCGGCGGGAGUGAACGGCGGUCGCCGUCAAAAUAAUGGGGGUCGGCUCAGCUCCUUUACCGCUUCCACGACCACGACAACCACGGCCGCGAACGGUGGUCGUCGUCGCCGUCAGAAUAUUGGGGGUCUUCUUAGCUCCCUUACCGCUUCCGCUACCGCUACUUCCACGGCUGCGAAUGGCGGUCGCCGUCAAAACAUCGGUGGUCUUCUUAGCUCGCUCACGGCUUCCGCUACGGCUACUUCUACGGGCUCGAACGGCGGUCGCCGUCAGAAUAUUGGGGGUCUUCUUAGCUCGCUCACGGCUUCCGCUACGGCUACUUCUACGGGCUCGAACGGCGGUCGCCGUCAGAAUAUUGGGGGUCUUCUCAGCUCCCUUACCGCUUCCGCUACCGCUACUUCCACGGCUGCGAAUGGCGGUCGCCGUCAAAAUAUCGGGGGUCUUCUUAGCUCGCUCACGGCUUCCGCUACGGCUACUUCUACGGGCUCGAACGGCGGUCGCCGUCAGAAUAUUGGGGGUCUUCUCAGCUCCCUUACCGCUUCCGCUACCGCUACUUCCACGGCUGCGAAUGGCGGUCGCCGUCAAAAUAUCGGGGGCCUCCUUAGCUCGCUGACCGCUUCCGCUACCGCUACAUCUACCGGAGGAAACGGCGGUCGCCGUCAGAAUAUUGGGGGCCUCCUUAGCUCGCUAACGGCCUCCGCUACCGCCACGUCCACUAGCUCGAAUGGCCGUCGCCGUCAGAACAUUGGAGGCCUGCUUAGCUCGAUCACUGCUUCCGCUACAGCUACGUCGACGGGCGCCAACGGAGGUCGCCGUCACAUUAUUGGUGGUGGUGCUAGCGGUCGUCCCAGCUCUGCUGCUGCCACUGCCACGCGGACCGGUACUAACACUGCUGUUGCUGCUACUUCAACCGGCGACAACCACAUCCGGCGUCAGCACAUCCUGGGUGGUGCCGGUCUCGGUGGUGGUGUUGGUGGUCACCUCAGCUCCGUUGCUGCGUCUCCAUACGCGACCCGGACCGCCACUGCCACGUGGAUUUAAGCCCCAGUCAUUCUGUGGAGGAAAGCGGCUGGUUGCAUCCUUCUUGGAGAGGGAUGACUCGGGUAUUCGCAAUUCUUUCUUUGGUGAGAGUCAUAAUAAUUAAUGGGUGGGAUUUGGUUUGAGUAAUUGAGUUAGAGGAAAUCGAAAAAGAU